AUGUUUACUUGCGGUUGGAAAGAUUCUCGGAGAGACGCACUUGGCGGAUUGAUCCAAGAAGCUUACGCUAGAGGAGACGAUAGAGAGGCGGCAUUGUUGCUAAAGAUUCUAAACGGAGGAACCCAAGCAAAAGUGAAGAACGGUCGAAAUGAGUAUGUCUUAGAUGAAGAAGAAACAAACUCCAACAAGUCAACAAACACCUCUGUGGCCUUUGUAAGAGAAGUAAUUCCAAAGACAACCGACGUAGAAAACCUACAAAGUCGACAAAUUCCUCCAAUCCAACCCCCGCCGACCACACAACCACAAGAACCUUCCCAGACCUUAGAGGAUCCUCAAAACUGGUUCGAAGGCGCGUCGUCAAAAGAGGAGUCAGAUAAAGCUCUCGCUAUUAUGUCAGCGAAAAAAGGAACGUUGGAAAUGGUCAAUGGUGACAUCAUUCACAACGGAAGGAUCUUGCGUGGAGGAAACGCGCAAAUGAAACAAUCUCUUGCCCCACUUUCGCCCGGUUUAACUAUAAUCCUGAAGGGUUUGACGUCUUACAUACAACUCACCGUGUUUGAUGAAGAAUGGUUGGUCAAAGACCAGAAAGCCUGGUCCUUGAGAACAACAAAAUCCGACAAGAAAGAAUCCGGAGAGGCACGGAUAUAUGGUGGUGAAGCUCCUGUAGAAGAACUUACCAUCGACUUCGAAACUUGGGGAGAUUGUAUGGCAUUGUUUUGUGCUCACUUGGUGUCAUGCGGAUGGAAACCGGUAGCCGAGAAAUUUGAAGGUCACAUAGCAGUUGUGAAGAAAUUGAGGAAAGAUUUCGGCUGGAAGGUUGCUUUGAGAUAUUGCCGGUUGGUCAGGCAAGGUGUUAUGAGAGAAACCGUCAACAAGUCUAUAGGAAAUUACACAGAAAUGCAGGAAACCUUGUUAGUAGAAGCAAAAACGACAGCAGAAAGUUUCAACGAAAGACAUUUCAAGACAAACCCAUACGCGCCAGGAAAGUCAAAAUCAAAUAUCUGCCCUCUAACAAACAAGUCUAAAUUCGCAUCAGCCUCAACCCCAUCGACCUCAGGUGCACAGACGAAAAAUCGACAUGCACAUACCAGCAGUUACAAAGGUAACGGUAAACGAGGGAAAGGGAGCAGCGGCUACAAAGGUAGACACGAUGAUGGAAGGUCAAACCGAGACUGGAGACGUGAGGACCGUUAUGGAAGUGAUAGGUUUGCAGGUCAUAGAGAUCGCAGCAGAAGUCCAAACCGUAGAGACAAGGAAGGAAACCCUGUAAAAGGGAAACGAGCGUAA